GCGGCGUGGGUCGCGGACGGGAGGGCGGCCGCUCGCAAAGCCCGGCGCGCGGAUCGCUGAGGCGGGUUCUAAGAUGGCUGUUGCGCGCGGGGCGCCGCCGCUGUAGUGCCGCGAGGAGCCGCCGCCCGCCCCGCCAUGGAGUGCCCGCACCUCGGCUCCAGCGUCUGCAUCGCCCCCGACUCCGCUAAGUUCCCGCAGGGCUCGCCCUCCUCCUGGUGCUGCAGCGUGUGCCGGUCAAAUAAAAGUCCAUGGGUCUGUCUGACGUGCUCAAGUGUCCAUUGUGGAAGGUAUGUGAAUGGCCAUGCAAAAAAACAUUAUGAAGAUGCACAGAUUCCUAUGAGCAACCAUAAGAAAACAGAGAAGCAGGAGAAAGUCCAGCAUACUGUGUGUAUGGAUUGCAGUAGUUACAGUACAUACUGUUACCGCUGUGAUGAUUUUGUAGUCAAUGAUACCAAGCUGGGCCUGGUACAGAAGGUCAGAGAGCACCUACAGAACUUGGAAAAUUCAGCCUUUACAUCAGACAGACAUAGGAAAAGAAAACUAUUGGAAAACUCAUCUCUGAACAGCAAGUUAUUAAAAGUAAAUGGAAGCACCACUGCCCUUUGUGCCACAGGCCUUCGGAACCUGGGGAAUACUUGUUUCAUGAAUGCAAUCCUCCAGUCGCUAAGUAACAUUCAGCAGUUUUGCUGUUACUUCAAAGAGUUGCCUGCUGUGGAGCUGAGGAAUGGGAAGACAGCAGGCAGGCGAACUUACCAUACCAGGAGCCAGGGGGAUAACAAUGUUUCACUGGUGGAAGAAUUCAGAAAGACACUCUGUGCUUUAUGGCAAGGAAGCCAAACUGCAUUUAGUCCAGAGUCUUUAUUUUACGUUGUUUGGAAAAUCAUGCCAAAUUUUAGGGGAUACCAGCAACAGGAUGCCCAUGAGUUCAUGCGUUACCUUCUGGACCAUCUACACCUGGAACUCCAGGGUGGCUUCAAUGGUGUUUCCCGUUCAGUAAUUUUGCAAGAAAAUUCUAGUCUGUCUGCAAGCAGCAAAUGUUGCAUAAACGGAGCGUCUACUGUUGUCACAGCCAUUUUUGGAGGUAUUCUUCAAAAUGAAGUCAAUUGCCUAAUAUGUGGGACUGAAUCUAGAAAGUUUGACCCAUUCCUAGACCUUUCGCUAGAUAUUCCAAGUCAGUUCAGAAAUAAACGUGCUAAAAAUCAAGAAAAUGGACCAAUGUGCACACUACGAGAUUGUCUUCGCAGUUUUACAGACCUGGAAGAACUUGAUGAGACAGAGCUCUACAUGUGUCACAAAUGCAAAAAGAAACAGAAGUCCACCAAAAAAUUCUGGAUUCAGAAACUACCAAAGGUGCUAUGCUUACACUUGAAGCGAUUUCACUGGACAGCAUAUCUGAGAAACAAGGUCGAUACCUAUGUUGAGUUUCCCUUACGAGGCCUAGACAUGAAAUGCUACUUGUUAGAGCCCGAGAACAGUGGCCCGGAAAGCUGCCUGUAUGACCUUGCGGCUGUCGUUGUGCAUCAUGGUUCUGGUGUUGGCUCUGGACAUUACACCGCCUACGCAGCUCACGAAGGCCGCUGGUUCCAUUUCAACGACAGUACUGUAACGCUGACUGACGAGGAGACUGUGGUAAAGGCCAAGGCCUACAUCCUCUUCUACGUGGAACGGCAAGCCAAAUCUGGAUCAGAUAAACUUUAAUACCUCCUUUUUAAGUCUCGCUUAUCAAGUCCACCGGACAAUACAUUUCCAUUUUUCCAUAAUACUUGAUCCAAGACUAUUAAUUUCAUUGUGCACUUUUCAAUUUCCUCUUGUGGGUUUUAGUUUUGUUGAAUGGUAGCAUUUGACUUACUGAACUUGGACACAAACUAACUUUUUUUUUUUUAGUUGUACCAGAAAACCUCAGCAGAUUUUGAUUUGCUGCUUUAGUUGUGAUAACUCGAUUUUUAUAUAUAUAGUUUCAUGAAAUACUUAGUUAUUUGACUUUUUUAUAUUAAUGUUUUCAGUUCUCACUUUCUAAAGGCACAUUUACAUCAGAGAAGCUUUCUAUCCUCCUUACAAGCAAGAUAAAUGUGCUUCUGAUUAUGAAGAGCAAUACAACUUUAUGCUGUUCUCACAGCCAUUACAUAGAUAUGAUUUAAUCUCUUUAAAUUGAGGAAUUGUUUGCACGUACUAUUUUCCCUCGUGCAAGAAACUAAACAGUGACCUCUGAACAAUCGUUCUUUGUCUGCAGAAGAGAGGAGAUGUGGCAUCUGCUUAAAUAGACCAGGUAAUUGCUGCUAUAUUGGUGUGUAUUCAGGCUGCUGACUUUCAGGAAUCAUUGUAAAUAAACAGUUGGUUCAAUUGUAUCUAUACUGCAGUUUAAUUCAAGUAUUCUCACAUAUGUUGUGCCCUCCCCCUUUCAAAUUUACAAGUUACCUUAAAAUAUACACGUCUAAAUUGUGUGGAGAUGAAUGUUCUUUUAACCGAACCCAAAUUGCCUUAGAAAUCUCAUUUUAGACUGUCAUCCUGAAAUUUGAUCACACUUGCUUGCAAACUUGGUGACUUCCUUGCAGAGGGUCCCCAGGCUUUUUGCAUGGCGGGUGUUUUACUAAUUCAAAUGCAAACUAAAGGGAAGAUGCUUAGUUUUGCAGCAGAGCGUGCCUGAUGGGAGAUGAGGAGCCGAGGGGUCUUGUUGAGUGGAGCAGGCUGAGCUAGCUGGAGGAGUUAGGCAUUGGCCCAAUGUGGGAUCUUAAUUUACAGUCUCCAGCUGAGCACUGGAGGUACGACAGUUUCGAAAACUUGGCUGUGUAAUGGAGAAAUGGCUUCUGUUGAAGAAAAACAAUUAAAUUUUAGCUGUGCUGCUGUCCUGGGGAGGGAAGUCAGCUAAUAGGAUUUUAAAAAGGUGGACAGGAAAAGCAAUAUUGCAAAAACCAGGACUCCCCCAAAUUUGACAAAUGCUACAUUUCACUUCCCUUCCCCUCGCCCAUCCUUUAUGGCAAGUCACACAGUUGUGAUAACAGUAAAAUAUAGUAGUCUGAAGUAUAGUAACACAAGAACUCAAGUAAAACGUGAUCACCUCUUUAGUUAAUGCUUCUGGAAUACAGAUUAGACCACAGCCCAAGCUAAUGCAUUAGGAGUAGGCCUCGGUUCCCCUGCUGCGGGUCACCUGCCAGCUGUAUGCUGACAAGCAUAAAAAAAUCACAAUCAGAUCAUUUCUUAAAUAUCAUUCUUUGUAGCUUUUUCACAGCAUCUUCAACCGGGAAAGGGAAAAAUUGGCUUAAUAUGAAUCGGCAGAAAGCAUUCAGCAUUGCUAAUGGUGUAUGAAUAUGUAAACAAUACACUAGUUAAUGUAUUGAAUAAUAAUCAUGAGCCUUUAAGUGACAUAUAUAGCAAUGUCUUCUUUUACCUAAAUUAAGCUGAACAAUAAAUAGAAAUAUUAAUUGCUUUAAAUCAUAGAUAGUUUGUCACCUACUAUUUCUGCGUUUCUUGCAGCCAGAGCUUUUCUUCUAAUCAUAAUCGGUCGCUGUUAGCAUUUAGGCAAAAAAGGGUAUCUGACAGACUUCAUUGCGGUGGGGGGCAGGUGGUGGUCUUCGCACGUGACAACCCUGAGGGGCAGCCUUGCUGCUUGCAGUUAGUGGGGCAGUUAAGUAGAUUCCAUCUAUAGCUGCAUUUUGUCUGCGUGCUACUUGGAUUGGAUUGUGGUAGAAUUUUAGUUUAGAGAAUAUAAAGCUUAAAAUCUACAACCAGCUACGGGCCAGAAAAACAGUUUAACUUCCAGUAGGCAGGUGUGUACAGUGUUCUUGUAAACCAGUGAUGUAAAUGUGCCUUUCUGAACUUUAGAAACUUAAUUUUGUAGUCUUCAGCAACAUUCACUUAUUUUAAGCAGCUUCCAAUUCUCCCAUUAUUUUUUUUGGGUCAUAGCCGUGUUCUUGCAUCAGCGUUUCCCUUCAGUAACGUUUGCUCUGUAACAUUAAGGUCUUGGCAGGGGUACCCAGCGUGGUCCAUCGGCGACACGGCCACGGGAACACAACACAAUCAGGUUGACCUUGUUCCUGCAGCAGGCGGCGAUAAAGACACAGCCAUAGGCUUUGCUGGAACAAGCACUUUGUAAAUCCUUUCCUAAUUUAACUUACUCCCACUGCAAACCCAGAUGGACAGUAUGAACAGUUUGUUGUGGCAACACAAGUAUUUCUCUUCCUGGUGGAGAACUUCGCUUAUCCACUGUAUUCUAUUCAGUGUGGUGUCAAAAAAUAAGGUAACUGAGCACUGAACCAGUAAUGUAUACUGCACCUGGCCUAGUAUUACAUUUUUAACCUUACUUGUAUAUCCUAUAUUUAUCUACUAGCUUGUAGGGGGGCGGGGGGAGAUCUCAUUUCAUUUAAGCCAAAUGUUUCUUUUCUACUUUAACUGCUCAUCAUAGUACACUCUAUCUGGCAAGAAUUUUUUUCUUGCCUGUGACUGCUCUGCAAGGAACAACUGCUCUCCACAGUUCAGACUUGCAUAUUUUUUUCACCAAAAUUUGUCUGGUCCAAGGUUGUCCUUUUGUUUGUAAUUGUUUAGCCACGUACACAACUGGAGAUGAGAUUUAUGUAAAGCGGAAGUGCAGAACGCCAGCUCUCAGAACGCUUUAGUGUGGUGAGAAGGGAGCACCAAAACUCGAGGUGAUUGCAGAGAGAGCUCCUUCUUAUCGUACAGGCAGAAGGGGCUUUCGGGGGGGAGGGUAAGAUGUCAGUGUGAGAACGGAGUUUAGAACUUGGAGAGAGGCAUGGACAGUGGACUUGUAUCAAGAGCGGGAGGCCAGAUAUGAGGAUUUUGCUAAAUCAACAGAAAGAAUAACACGUGGUGGUCAAAAGUUUCCCCAACAAUGUUUCAUUACUGAUGUGUCUGUGUCUUACUGAUGAGGUAAUCGGCACCUUGAAAACUGAUUCCAAUGUGCUUUAGGAUAUCCUCAAGUACUGUAGUGCCAUAGUUGUAAUUGUUUACCAUUAAAAUCUAGUGUGUAAUUUCCAGUGAGGAUUACUGACUGUGCUCAUCUUGUGUGUUUCUGGAGCAUUUCCAGGUUGAAUGUGAAUUCUCUCUCAUUCACACAGUGUGUUUAUGGAAAAUGUGCCAUUAAAGUGUCUCCUUUCCUUUGAAGAUGAAACUCCUCUUGUCCUUCUGCAGGCUUGCAGAAUGCUAUUAGUGUAAAUCCUUUGAAUGCAGACAGCAGAGUAUUUUAACUUGAUCUGGGAAAACUAAAGAAAGCAAACUGAACUAUCUAGCGCCUCUCCUACUACUUGGUGUCCAAACCCAAGGAGGACCUGACGCUCAACUGCGAAGGGCCUUGCCACCCCACAGCUCUUAAUUCUUGUCCUCUGUAUGGUCAGAGUCCAUCCUUGCAACCUCGUCAUUCACUUGGGGUUUUUCAUACAUACUCCUGUGUUUGUUACAACUCUGAGCCUCCGCUAUUUAUGCCUGCCCAAAAAUGAAGGUAAGUUCUGAGCAGGAUGAAGAGACAGAAGG